GGCCAAUCUUGUCCUUAUAAUUACCCUCACAGCCACCUUGCUGUGACUGAAGCUUUGCAACGGGUAAAUCUCCAAGCACACCACUUCUACAUCUAACUCAUUCUAUAUCAUUUUCUCGCCGAGUAAUAAGAUAUAAUUGGCCCAAUGAACGGCAUCAUCGGCCUAUUUCUAUCUUCCCGGCCACCUGCUGAGCGGGUUCGUGUCCGGUACCUACUCAUCGUACCCGUCCUCAUCUCUGGCUUAGCUGCCUGCACCUUUCUAUUCCAUGGCGACGUGAACGCGUCCUUGCUUUACUCACAAUGCCACGCGCGUUCCCGGCUGCCCGAGAUAUCGCGUGUACCUGUUCUCGGUGCUCCAUUAUGUUAUCUCGUCUCUCUUUUCAUGUUCGCCACCGGCCCUGGGCAUGGUAUCUAUUUCUUCGGCUGGUAUCUGAGCUUCCUGGGGGCUUUGCUCACUGUCUCCCGCGUAGAAGCCGCCAGGGAAUGCAACAAACUUAAAUGGAGCAUUCGCUCCCCAACGGCCAGCUGGUUGGUUUCCAACCUCAUCGGGGGCGCGUUUGUUUGGAAUUUGUGGAUUAUUCCAACUUUCAUCAAAAGCUCUAGGGACUUUUGGGUUGAUGUCAGGAGUGUAAACGAAGAUGCACAAGAAAGUGGUCAGGCACGCCAAGAUAGACAGCAGGUUGGCGACCGAAUCGACUCGACGCGCAGUCUUACCUGUGAGGCCGAGGUUUACGCUAUAAUCAUAGCGGUUGCUGUGGGAUAUAUGGUUCCCAGCGUGCUAAUGCUCACACUCCGAAACGCCACGUCAGUCAUGAUUUGGCUCAUCUUUCCAUUGUGGGUGGCUGUCGUGCACUGGGUUGUCAAAUUCGCCGCGACUAGGCUGCUAAGGAACGAUGAACCACAUUGUCUCCGAACCCAUGACGAGUCUUUGUGGUGUAUCUACUUCCUACCUGGUUUCGUCUCAUUUAUUUUGCAUGUGACUUUUGUCUCAAAUCUUGGCUUCAUGGACGAUAGCCGGCAGAUGACACAGAUGGCACUCAAGUUUAUUCUGAUCAACUUCCUCUACACCGCCGCUCUAGUUUAUUACUGGAUGUUUGUCGAUGUCAAUGUCGACGAAUUACUACCACUGAUGAUAUCAUCCCUCCUUUUCGGCCCCGGUGCGACGUUAUGUAUACGAAGAGUCGCGCAAGAGAACAAACAAUGGCUCCUUGGAAUCAGGGAGUUUAGCGAGGAAACAGAUGACGAUGAUAGUACUGUCCAUGAGGAUACACCACUGUUGGGCUAAUCAGGUAGCUAGGAGGAAUAAUCAAGAUGAAUUAAGUGUCUAAACGGCUACUCCAGAAACGCCAAACCUCUAU